UAACUUCUAAUUGGAAAGAGAUCGGAUGCAGCUAUAAUUGCCCUAAACGGGCCUUAAUUCGCAACCUGUUUCGCCUCCCCGACUCUCCAUAAAUCCACUGAUAUCAUAUCGAGAUGUCGGCGGUCAGUCGCAUUCGCGGCGCUUUCGCCGUGCCUAGGAAGGGCGAGACGUUCGAGUUGCGAGCUGGUCUGGUGUCUCAAUAUGCUUGGGAGAGGAAGGAAUCAAUCCAGAAGACUAUUAUGGCCAUGACCCUGGGUAAAGACGUCUCACAGCUGUUCCCCGAUGUACUGAAGAAUAUCGCGACCGCCGACCUCGACCAAAAGAAACUCGUCUACCUCUAUCUAAUGAACUACGCCAAGUCGCAUCCUGACCUAUGUAUCCUCGCCGUCAAUACGUUCGUCCAAGAUUCUGAAGACCCGAAUCCCCUUAUAAGAGCCCUUGCCAUUAGGACCAUGGGAUGCAUUCGAGUAGACAAGAUGGUAGACUACAUGGAGGAGCCUCUACGGAAAACAUUACGAGACGAAUCACCAUACGUACGAAAAACAGCUGCUAUCUGCGUCGCGAAGCUGUUCGACUUGAACCCCUCCAUGUGCAUAGAAAACGGCUUUCUAGAAAUCCUGCAGGAGAUGAUCGGAGACCCUAACCCUAUGGUGGUUGCCAACUCGGUGCAGGCGCUCUCAGAAAUAUCUGAGACGGCACCCGAGACGAGGGCAUUAAUUAUAACACCAGCAACGCUCAAGAAAUUGCUGAUGGCUUUGAACGAGUGCACGGAAUGGGGUAGAGUGACUAUCCUUUCGACCCUGGCCGAUUAUCCGCCCCAAGAUGUCAAGGAGUCAGAGCAUAUCUGCGAACGAGUAACGCCCCAGUUCCAGCAUGUGAAUCCUAGUGUCGUGCUCGCUGCUGUCAAAGUAGUAUUCAUCCACAUGAGAUUAAUCAAUGCCGAUCUUGUCCGACAGUACCUCAAGAAGAUGGCACCUCCACUGGUCACCCUUGUCGCUUCCGCACCCGAAGUCCAAUAUGUCGCGUUACGGAAUAUCGACCUCCUUCUACAGGCUAAACCCGAUAUUUUAAGCAAGGAACUAAGAGUAUUCUUUUGCAAGUACAACGAUCCGCCUUAUGUCAAGCUUCAAAAGCUCGAGAUCAUGGUGAGGAUAGCGAACGAGAAGAACUACGAGCAGUUGCUGGCCGAGUUGAAAGAGUAUGCGUUGGAAGUGGAUAUGGACUUCGUUCGACGAGCUGUCAAGGCUAUUGGGCAAGUUGCAAUCAAGAUCGAGAGCGCGAGCGAAAAAUGUGUCAACGCGCUACUGGAUUUGAUCGCUACCAAGGUCAACUAUGUGGUUCAAGAGGUGAUAGUGGUCAUCAAGGAUAUCCUCCGAAAAUAUCCCGGUUACGAAGGCGUCAUUCCGACGCUCUGUAAUCACAUCGACGAGCUGGACGAGCCUGACGCCAGGGGUGGGCUGAUUUGGAUUGUGGGCGAGUAUGCAGAAAAAAUAAAUAACGCAGAUGAAAUAUUGGCGAGUUUUGUGGAUGUCUUCCUAGAGGAGUUUACGCAGACGCAACUACAAAUCCUCACAGCAGUUGUCAAAUUAUUCUUGAAAAAGCCAAGCAACAACCAAGGAUUGGUACAAAAGGUUCUACAAGCGGCAACGGCGGAGAAUGAUAACCCAGAUAUUCGAGACCGAGCAUAUGUCUAUUGGCGACUUUUGUCAGGGGAUCUUGCUAUUGCAAAGAGUAUUGUCCUCUCUCAGAAACCCGCCAUUUCAACCACAAUGACAAGCUUGCCAGCAGCUUUACUAGAACAGCUACUCGGUGAACUUUCGACUUUGGCCUCGGUCUACCAUAAACCGCCAGAGUCUUUCGUUGGCAAAGGUCGCUUUGGUGCCGACGAAAUCCAACGAGCAGCAAUCCAAGAACAACGGCAGAAUGCGGCUGACAAUCCCAUCGCGGCAUCAGUUGCUGGCGGUGCCCAAAAUGGGGCACCGGCACAGAACAACAUCGAAAACCUUUUGGAUAUCGAUUUCGAUGGCGCCGCGCCGGCUUCACAAGAGCAAAACUCGGCGUCAGCUACGCCAGAUCGCGUAGCAAGUCCGGCCGGCGGAGCUUCAUCGGGCGGAAUGGCAGAUAUGAUGGGUCUCUUCGAUGCCCCGCCACCUCAAAACAAACCCGUGGGUAGUGGUGUCGGUGGUGUGAAUGAUAUCAUGAACGGAUUUGAAGGAUUGGAUUUAAGCGGGUCAAGCCAGCCUCCCCCAGCAUCGGUCCAACUUGGCCACGGAAGCGCGACGGAACAGAAAACUACGAACAACGACGAUCUACUAGGUCUCUUCUAGGCGAAGCGCAACCCACGUCCUCGUUUAGCAGAAACCCAGAAUCCCUGGGCGAAAGAUCGCCGAGGGAACAACAGCAGGAACGACCUGUUGGAUCUGUGAUAGAAUAGAUUUCGAUAAUGUUACUAGGUCGUAACAGCGUUGGGCAAAGGGAAAGGGGUCCAUUAGGCAGGCUUGUUAAGAUGUGAUAUCGUGAAAUGAUAAUAAGCAUAGCGCCUAGUUUACUAGCUGAA